CGUAACAAAAUUUCGGCAAAAUAAAUUUUUGUAGGUAAUAGGUAAUUUAUAAAAUUUUGGUUCAAAAAUAAUACCUUUUCGACCUCGGUUCUAAAUUCUUAGUGAUAAUGGCUGACGAAGAAGAUGAGAAGGGUAGUGGGGAUGUGAGUUCUGAGAAGAAGCCAGAGCCUGAGCCAGAGCCUCCCAAGAUUCCUGACGUAGAGUUAAUAGUCGACGGUUUUGGGUUCAUGCCCAAGUCGAUACAGACUACCAAAAGUCGGGCGUCCAACAUUUUUGAUAAGUCGAGCAAGUCCAUAAAGGAAAUUGCAAUGCCAGAGGCUGAACAAAAAAGCCCUUGCGGUUCUAGCACAAAUAUUGACAUAGUCAGGAGGUAUACAUGGAAAACGAAAAAUAGGAUGACUGUGCAGGUGAUUACGUAUGGUGCAACUAUUACAUCUAUACAAGUUCCGGACAGGAAAGGAGUGCCCGAUGAUGUUAUUGCUGGUUUUGAUACUUUGGAAGAUUACUUCCAGCCCAGGAACCCGUACUUUGGCGCCACCAUCGGCCGGUACGCGAACUACAUCAGGGAAGCUAUAAUGGUGGUCAGACCCUCGGGUAGGAUGUACAUGCUCUCCACGAACAAGGGUCACCACCACUAUAACGGUGGAUACGUGGGAUUUGACAAGGCAAACUGGCGUUCAUACGUGAAUGGCAAUAAGGUGAUCAUGAGCCAUGUAUCAGAGCGGUUCCACGAAGGUUACCCUGGCACUGUGAUGGCACAGGUCACCUUUGAAGUCAGCUGCGACAACACCAUCAAGAUCGAAAUGCGGUGCACCACCAGCGAGCCGACUAUCAUCAACUUGAGCAACACCCCGUACUUCAAUCUUGCUGGUCAUCAUGCCGGGUGCGAGACGAUGUACGAUCACAUAUUCACAAUAAACGCUGACAAAUAUACAGCGACGGACGAUGAGGGCCUUGUCACAGGAGAAAAGAAAGUGGUUGGCGGUAGUGCCUAUGACUUCAGGAUACCAAGAGUACUACGAGCUAUGAUCCCCAAGAUACCUUUGGGGGGUUACGAUGUCAAUUUCUGUAUAACGCAAGGCACUGAACAGGACUUGACUUUCCAAGCAAGAGCUCUUCACCCCGGCACCGGGCGCGUGCUAGAAGUAUACAGCAAUCAGCCUGGUAUGCAGUUCUACACCGGGAACCUCCUCCCCGACCCUGAUAAGAUCGUUGAGGCUGAGGGUGAGGAGCAGGAAGAGGAAGGCAAGGGUGAAGACGAGAGCGAGUCGGACAGUGAGGAGUCGAGUGCAAGAGGAGAGGAAGCGACUGAAGAGGGAAGCGAGGGCAAGGCGAGCUUCGGGUACGUGCCACUAAUUGGCAAGGCGGGGACCUUGUACAAGAAACACGGCCUGUUCUGCUUGAUGCCGCAAAACUUCCCUGACGCGAUCAACCACAAAAACUUCCCGAAUUCAGUGCUGAACCCCGGCGAGGUUUAUGUCCACAAAAUACAGUACAAGUUUGGUCUUCUUCUGGGUAGAUACGUCUGAGUGUGUCAUGUGAAAAUAAAAAAACGUGCGUAUUUAA